AUGGUACUAACGAAAGAGGAUAACAACGCGCCAGUGUUUGUUAUAAAUAAUUUUGAAGGUUCCAUUUACUACCAACUGAUGAAACAUAGGUGCCGAAUCGUGGCACCCCCAGUUAUUCUUAGAUGUGCUUUCAAUCGGCCUCUGCCAAUAAAGACUCGCCCUGUUUAUUGCCUAAGUAUGGAGAAUGCCAUCCUGUGUUUUAGUGGCUUCAAGACUAAAGAAAAUCUAACACUCCUGGUGGAUCUAGUCCACAGAAUGGGCGGCAGUAUAAGGAGAGAGUUCAGUUCAAGAGUAACACACCUCGUUGCAAACAGUACGUCUGGAGAUAAAUAUAGGGCUGCCGUGGGGAUGGGCACGCGCGUGAUGUCCGAAGAAUGGAUUCAUAAGUGUUGGGAGUUGAAGGAGGAGUCCUUCUUUGAUGCCAUAUCAUUUGAGGUUCGUUCCCAAUACAAGCUGAGUCCGUUCGCAUUCUCCGUCCUGAGUUUCUAUGGAUUUCCAAACGAUGAGAUCCGACACAUGGAAGAAGUUGCUUACGGGGCCCCGAUGACCACGCACCUCAUAGUGAACGAUCGGUCCGUUCGAUCCAUACCAUUUGAUCUGCACUGUAAACUGCACGUCGUCAAAUCAGAGUGGUUUUGGGCUAGCAUUCAGAUGGAAGCCUGUGCAGAUGAGAGUUUGUAUAUAUACGACGAAGAAACUGCAUGUUUGUAUCUUUCUGUAUAUUGUGUAUCAACGAUCGACAACAGCAACAACAAUAACAACGACAACAGCAAUGGAUGCGCCACCAUUUCCAUUAGCCACAGCAGCAGUGGCAGCAACUACUUCAAUCAAGAUAAUGCAACAUUAUUUGCUACAGCUACUGCUGCUACUACUUCUACUGCCAACAACAACAGCAACAACAACAUCAGCAGCUGUCACAGCAGCAAAAACAGUAGCAGCAACAUCAUCAGCAAUAGUAGAGAAAUGAUGAAAUUGACAUUAAGGCAGCAGACAGUGUUAGAGCUCUACCAAACGGAGAGAAACUACGUUGGCAUACUUGAUACCAUCAUCAAAGUAUUCAUGGAAGAAUUAGUGAGAGUCGAUCAGCCGGGCGGUCCGAUCCUCGACGCGCAAGAAGUCAAGUCGAUAUUCGGUGGCAUCGUGAACAUCCACGACAUACACGUUCAGAUCAGAGACGAGCUGAAUGAUGUCGUCAGUAACUGGCUAGAAGAUCUACCAGUUGGAAACAUCUUUAUUAAACAUUCUGAAGAACUGAUGAAAUUCUACCCCAACUUCAUUAAUUACUUUGAGAAGAGUAAGGAGUUCAUACAUUUUUGUGAUAAGUUUAAACCUAGGUUCCAUGCUUUCUUGAAGUUAUGUCAAUCAAAACCAGAGUGCGGUAGACAAACAUUGACUGAACUUUUAAUAAGGCCAGUCCAAAGACUGCCCAGUGUGACGCUGCUACUCAAAGAUAUUUUAAAGAGGACAGAGGAGAGCCACUUAGAUUAUAAACUACUGCAAGAUUCUAUCGUCCAUCUGGAAGCUGUUAUGAUGCAUAUAAAUGAAGACAAGAGAAAGUCAGACGGUCAUCAAGUCAUGUUUGAAAUUGUCAACGACAUUGAAAACUGCCCUGUGAGCUUGUUGUCAGCGCACAGAAGUUUCUCUACGAAAGUAGACGUAACUGAAGUUACCGACAGUCUGAUUGGUCGGGGCUCACAUCUUACACUCUUCAUAUUCUCUGAUAGUGUCGAGGUUGGUUUGUUAGUUGGUUGA